GUCGACAGAAAUUUACAAUCUAUAAUGGGAAGGAACAUAACCAUCCGGUGGGUGAACUUCCGACACCCCCCUAAUCCGAUGGGUCGGCAGGCUAUUUGAAAGUUGGGCCUGCCAGGGAGCCAACGUUCCAGACCCUUUCGAGGAAAGGGUCCCUCGGCAAGGACCUCGGGAAGGGUCUCCGUAAAUUCUCCUCCCUCCCCCAGCGAAUCCGCCCCUCGGUCGGCAGACUUCGGCUUCGUCGUGAACACGUGCAGGGAGGUACGAUUUUAGUGUUUGUGCGUGCGUGCACCGUGAAGGAGGAACUGCCGAGCCGAUAGAGUGCAACAGACGCACGCAUACCGACACGCAUACGUAUGUGUAUGCUAUAUGUGCAUCUCCGUAGCGCACCGUUUACAAGUAUUAAAAAAUUUACACGGGAGUAAGUAACACUAGUGAGACAAUUCUUAAACUUCCGUGCGUUCAAAGAUCAUUUUCUUUUCGUUAUGAAAGCAAAAUCUCUUUAAGAACUGAUGGCAGGGGAGCAGUUGUGAAAGUUUCUAAAGUAUAAAUUGAUAGAUCAUGUGUUUGGAAUUUGUUGUAGUGAGUGUAGGUUGGGAAAGCAGAAAUAAGAUUCUUAAUCCUCCAUGAAGGGAACAGUAUUGAACACCGGGAUUACAUUUGUAUUAUGUACGGUGCGUUCGUAGAAAUUUUGUUACUGAUUCGAGUAAAUAAUUUUCGAAGUUUACUCGAUCUCGCUGAGAGCGCAGUAUGCAGAGCUAUACAUAAACGCGGGCAGAACGAUCCAACACUGUCGUCGGCAAACAUCAUCCUCGUCGUCCUAGACGUUUCUCUGCCUGGAUAUGCUGGAUGUGUGCAGGAAGAUAGAGAGAGAAAGAUAGAACAAGAAAGCGAGAGAGUAAGAAGAGAGUAAGAGGGAGCGGGUGAGGGGGUGAGGGAGGACGAGAAGGAGGGGAGGGAACAGGCUCGACUGCUCCCCCUAAUACUGCAGGAUUGAAUGGGCGAGGAGGGUGGUAUUGGGUUCCCUCACCCCACUCCCACCACCCACACACCGCUCUAGCUCCCAACCCACCCGCACCACCCACUUCUGUCCGCCUGCCACCCCGCCUGCCCACCCACUCGCCACCCGACUGCCGUCGAGGAAACAACCUGCAACCGAACCAGCACAACGUUUCCUCGAACAACGAAUUUCCUUCGGAGGCCAACCGGAGGGCCGUCUCUUCGCACCGCCAACGGGAAAUCCGUAGGCGAGGGUUUAUUGUUCCAAGGAUAUUCAGUGGCCAGCGAGGAGCCCGAAGAUGGAGGGUAGCGGGACAGGAAUUAGCAGGCUUGACUGCUAUGAAGACAUGUUUAAGGAAAUAACCAGAAAAUUGUACGGCGAAGAUCCUGAUCAUAGAACUUCGAGUGUUCAAAAUGAGUUCGAAACGUCUGUAUCAUAUAAGAAUGAGGAGGAUACGGGGAAUGGAACUGAUGGCAGCGACGACGGGAAUUGGACGUGCGAAGAAGAGCCAUUAAAAGGAACCGAUGGAAGUCGGAUCGCUGCUUAUCACGCUGGAAAAGCAACGUGGAGGUGCUACGAAUGUGGUGAUGUUAUGGGUGGAGGACCACGCGACGUAGCCGAGCAUUUCAUGGAACUCCAUUCGUCCAGGAUUCUCGCAGACGAUAGCAGGAACAGGCAUCAUUCUCCUAGGAAGGACUACAUGCAAGCGGAGCUCAAGGUAGAAGACGUGAUAUCAUACCUGGAGAGGCUACGGGAAAGAGCGGAACGAGUAGCACCGCCAUCCAGAAGGACGCAGGAAACGCAAACGGUACCGGCUGCUCUUUUACCUGUCACUUCGCCCUUCCUGCUUCAGGAGCUACCAUCUGCCCCCGCACCACAGCAUUUGCAUCAGGCAACCACAACGAUGCAGGCGUCAGCGACGGUGUCGGCGAGCAGUAAACGUUACACCUGCCCGUACUGCCCCUAUGGGACCGAUCGCCGUGACCUAUACACUCGACACGAGAAUAUCCAUCGCGAGGAGAAACCGUUUCAUUGUUACAUCUGCUACAAACCGUUUAAUCGUGCCGAUCAUGUGAAGAAACACUUCUUGCGGAUGCACCGUGAUCACGGCUACGAAUUAUCGAGGAUACGCAGACCGGUGGGAUCUUCGAACACGCUGAAACAGGAACCGGGAAACGCUGCGAAUACCGCGAGCGCGAGUGUAAACGGUCAACAGCAACAACAGCAACAACAACAACAGCAGCAGCAACAGCCUCAACCACAGCCACACGCUAAUUACACCACCGCAUUUAACAAUAACAAGAGUUAUCAGUUGCAGCCAAAUCCUGGUAAUAAUACAGCUACAAACGCGACUAGUAUCUAUCAAAAUGCAUCGAUGCCGGCACCUGGGAUCAUGCAGCCGGACGCGGUGAAUUGUGCUACCGGAAGAAGAGUGCAAAACGGGGGGUGCAACAGUAAGAGUCAUUUGAAGGGUGGAUCUAAAGGAGCUCAGGAACGACGGUACACAUGCUGUUAUUGUUCGUGGAGCGGCGUGGAUAAUUGGUGCCUAAAACGACACUUGAACACGCACUUGAAACCGUUCGCAUGCACCCUCUGCGAGUAUAAGGCCGCACGAGCCGAACGUCUGGCCACCCAUGUCCUCAAAGUUCACAAUCGACGCCAAUGUUCGAGAUGCUCCUUCCUCGGCGAGGAUGCAGGACAACUGCAGGUGCAUCAGUUGCACGUACAUCGAGUUAGCAGUGGGAAUGCACCAGCGACAUCCACGGUACCGACUGUACCGCCUCCAAAUAAUCGUCACCAGCAACCUUUGCAUCCCGCGGGAGGAGGUCGACCUCCACCUGGUCCGCCAGUUUUUCCGGCCCCGGCACCAGCAAUAGCACCUGCUACCACCGUCAUACCGCCGACUACCAUACUCGGCCACGAGAUGGUAAACAUCAUCCCUGCAACUGCAGCGACAAUGGCGUAUCCGACACUGGAGGAGAAGAGGGCCGGUCACGGGCACGACGACGGUCACCAUCGCCGCCGCGGUGUCAACCACGUCGGUGACAUAACCGAGAGACGGGGUCGCGACCUAUACAGCGGCCUCCGAUCACCCAACCGCGGCCCAACUACUCUCACUGUACUUAAUCGUGAUUUUACGCACAGACACAAAGUCGAUCCCGAAGCCAGCGAAGGCCAGUGGGAACCGUCCGAGUGUCGACCCAAUAGCGGAUCGAGUUGCGAAGAAAUGACCGCGACCGAGCUGCAGAGGAAGCCGAACAGGAGACGGUCCAGGAAGCAGAGUCAGCCGAGGAAGGUCAAUUGGAGCGAGCAGUUCGAGGAUGACGACUCGACCUCGGAGGAGGAAAGCGAGCAAGGAACGGAGGAAGGGGAAAUGGAGGAAGAAGAAAUCAGCGUGACGGAAUCAGUGGCUGAUAAACUGGCAGCAGGAAUCGAUGAGUUGGACAGGUAUCGAGUUCAAGUUGCCAGUAAGAAAUUGCUCAAUUGUCACCUGUGUCCUAGCGAGUCCUUCGCUAGGGAAACGGUUUGCCACCCGUAUCAUACCAAGGCUUCGCUGACGCUUCACAAACUGUGGAGGCACAAGGUUAACGGGACCUCGCAGGAUGACUCCGUGCCCAACGAUCGUCCGCUGUCCUCCAUCACGCUUAAGGCCACGGUGUUCACCAGCCCUGGAUACGAUUAUAAUAGAUAACAGUCGGCAUCGAAGAAAAUAAUAGUUGAUCGAGGCGGUGCACUUCCAAAAGCACUGAUUUUCUGUGCUUCAUAAGCACGAAACGCUUUUGGCCUAAUUAAAACGUGAUAAGAAUAAAAGUUUUGCUGCAAUUAAUUUUCGAUGUUUAUCGAUUAAAGAUAUUUCCGUCUGACUUAAAAAACGGAAGUCAAUUUAUCGGGUGAUAAGGGAGAAAUAUUUUUUCUAUCAAGCAAUUGAUAUCGUUUUUAGAGAAUUAUAUUUUAUUAAAAUUAGAAUAGAUAUUCGGAUUAAUGUUUCUCUUUCUUUACAAAUUAGUCGUUAUUCAGUGCCUUUUGAUCUUCACCGUCUCGAACGGAUUCAGGGUAUUCGCAUCGAAAUCGUCCCGUUAACUGGGUAAUAC